AUUAAAGUGUCAGUAAAACCAGGUUUAGAACUGAGACAAGAGAAUCUUUAUCAUUACAUUUAUAAUCGAUUCAUCGCUUUGAUUGAUUUUAUUUGACACAAAACGACGAGGUAGAAAAUAAAGUUUCAACUUCAACACCAGUUUUAUUCAAAAAGAACAAAGGAUUGAACAACUGGUCGGUUAAUCGGAGAAAAUGUGAAAAUAGCCAUUAGUUUUCAGACUGUGGAGAUAAUCAAUGAGGUGGGAGGAGGCAAGGGAACGAGGGAGAGGAAGGGAGGAAAGGAGACGAGGGGACAGGAUGAAGUGGAGGAGGAGUAAAUCAGAGUCACAGACUGCGGAAGAAGAAGAGUAAGAAGGAGGAGGAGGAGGAGGAAAUGUGAAAUGAAAGCGGUCCCUGAACGUCUCACUAACCACCUGUUGAUCCAGGACUGUCCCCGGCUCCGUCCCCGGCUCCGUCCCCGGCUCUGUCCCCGCGGGUCUGGACCCGUGUCCCCGCCGCGGCGGUGUCAUGACUUCCCCCGGCUGUGAGCUGCUGACAGACGGCGGUGACUGAGUGAAAACAGUCCGCAUCACACGGAGCCUCGUCCGGCUUCAGUGGACCGGUGUUUUUCUUUAAUUCGUCCACAUUCACGGGCGGAAGCUCCGGGAAGCGUUUCCGAGCACGACGCCCUCUCCCCCCGCAGCUCCGCAGGGUGGCACCGCUGUCUCCGGGCGGACGAGCUCUGAUCUCGGCUUCUUCACCGCGAGUGGACGACGUGGAGGCGGAUCAACAUUAACCCACCGCAGCCUCCGCGAACCAGCGCCGUGUUCUGCGUUCAUAUUUCCGGCGGUUGUUGGAUGUUUAGCUAGCAGCCGCAGAGGCGGGCAGAGGCGGGAAGACGCUCGCCCUCCGCCGGGCACCGCCGCUGGGUGGCACCGCCGCUGGCUGCGGUCCAGCCGGUGUGAUGCGUCCUUUUCUGGGCUGAGUCACGUCACUUUUUAGCGGAAAACGGAGCUGAAAUCUCGGCACCGUUAGCGGCAGCAGCAGCAGCAGCAGCAGACCCGUGUUUAGCUUCAGAAGCUCCGGGACUCACACACCGAGCCCGGCGACCGGAGCCCGGCGACCGGAGCCGCGGCGACAUGUCUGUCCUCGGCGGGAGAAUUCUCUAGAAGCCUGGGGUCACUUUGCUCUGGGUCAGGACUGGACCUGGUUCUCCUCGACUGUGCGGCUGUGUGUGCGUGGAAGACAUGGCCGACUCCGGCCAGGGCAAAGCGGCGGAGCCUGAGGCCGCGGACAGCCGGACAGCGAGCUCGGUGGUCGUGAAGAAGCGGGCCCAGCAGUCUCCGGGGUCCCGGGCCCAGCAGUCUCCGGGGUCCCGGGCCCAGCAGUCUCCGGGGUCCCGGGCCCAGCAGUCUCCGGGGUCCCGGGCCCGGUACCAGAGCUCCGCUCCGGGUCACUGCUUUAAGAAAGUGACUCUGACCAAACCCACGUUCUGUCACAGCUGCAGUGACUUCAUCUGGGGCCUGGUCGGCUUCCUGUGUGAGGUGUGUAACUUCAUGUGUCAUGAGAAAUGCCUGAAGACGCUGCAGUCUGUUUGUUCCUGUGUGGCGCCCUCUGCUGUCCAGGUGCCGGUGGCUCACUGCUUCGGUCCCGCGGGUCAGAAGAAACGUUUCUGCUGCGUCUGCAGGAAACAGACGGAGGGACACGCGGGGGAUCUGCGGUGUGAAGUGUGUGAGCUGCACGUCCACGCUGACUGCGCCGCCUUCACCUGCGCUGACUGUCGCCGCUCUCACCUGGACGGGAGCGUGGAGCAGGUGAGAGGUGAGACGGACUUCCUGUCGCUGCAGGACACGUUCCACCACCACUGGAGGGAGGGGAACCUGCCGUCAGCGGCGCGCUGCGAGGUGUGUCGCCGCUCCUGCGCCUCCUCCGACAUCCUGACGGGGAUGAGGUGCGAGUGGUGCGGCGUCACGAGCCAUGCAGCGUGUUACCUCAGCGUGCCACCAGAGUGCGCUCUAGGGCGUCUGCGUCACAUGAUGCUGCAUCCGACCUGCGUCCGCCUCGACUCCAGGAACUUCAGAAAGAUGCAUCUUUACUGCAUCAACGAGAACAACAGCCACGAGCCGCUGGAUCAUUUUGACGAUGUUGACGUGUCGUCUGCUAAAGACGCUCAACCGCUCGCUGUGGAGUCAGGUAAACAGCUGAAGGUGUUUGACGGUGACGACGCCGUCAAGCGCAGCUGCUUUCGUCUCGUCUCCGCUUUGCGAGCGACGAAGAACGAGGACGUCGUGGAGGCAGCACUGCGGGCCUUCUACCUCCCCGACGACCCUCAGGACUACGAGCUGCACGAGGUGGGUGGUCUGCAGCGUCUCCAUAGCGACGACGUCCUGAACCGCAACAGCGGUCCCGACAACAGGAGUCCUCUGAAGGACGGAGGAGACGCCGCGUGGAUGCUACGAGCUAAACGCCGCGACGCCGAGGUCGUCCAGGUUUACACCGGCUGGCCCAGGUCGGGUGCCGAUUUUGUCCUCGUCUCUGUCUCUCAGGACAGCACGGCAGCGUCUGUCCUCGCUGAGGUCCUCAGUCAGACGGACAUGAAGGACGAGGACGUGUCCAAAUUCAGUCUGCAGGAAGUCUACAUGAGCAGCAAGCAAGUGCAGAGACAGACGCUGACACCUCAGGAGAAGAUUCUGGACAAACUGCAGGACAUCAGGAAGACGUCCCUGCGUCAGAUGAACCAGACUCGCUUGUACGUGGUGGACAACAGGAAGUGGGCGGUGCAGGUGGACCUGCUGAUUGUAGGACUGCCCCCCCUGCUGGCCAGAGACGAGUACGUCCAGCUGAUGGAGGAGCAUCUGACCGUCAAGAGUCACCUGAUCACCGUCAGCCACGUCUACCCCAGUCAAGGUGCAGUGGUGGUGCAGGUGUCGUGUUUCUCUGAAGCAGAGAGAAUCUUCAUGUUGGUCAAAGACACGUCGGUCAGUGAUAAGACUCUGACGUGCGUCGUCGUCCCUGUGAUCAUGCACAGGAAGCUGGCUGCAGAAGUCUGCCCCCUGCUGGUGUUUGUCAACUCAAAGAGUGGAGGUCUGAAGGGCCGGGAGCUUCUCUACAGCUUCCGGAAACUUCUGAACCCUCACCAGGUCUUUGAUGUUAACAAUGGGGGACCACUUCCUGGCCUCCACACCUUCAGAGACGUCCCCAGGUUCCGGGUUCUGGUCUGUGGUGGUGACGGGACGGUGGGCUGGGUGCUGGGAGUCCUGGAGGCGGUCCGACACAAGCUGGUCUGUCGGGAGCCGCCCAUCGGCAUCGUGCCUCUGGGGACAGGGAACGACUUGGCUCGUGUUCUGCGCUGGGGGCCGGGCUACAGCGGCGAGGACCCGCACCACAUCCUGGUCUCUGUGGACGAGGCGGACGAGGUCCUGAUGGACAGAUGGACCAUCCUGCUGGACGCACAGGACAUGAGCGAGGACGGCAAGGACAGCGGCUUCCUGGAGCCGCCCAAGAUCGUUCAGAUGAAUAAUUACUUUGGUUUGGGUAUUGAUGCUGAGCUCAGUCUGGACUUUCAUUUGGCCAGAGAAGGUGAACCAGGAAAGUUCACCAGCAGGUUCCAUAACAAAAGUGUGUAUGUGAAGGUGGGUCUGCAGAAGAUCAGCUCCACCCGCAGUCUCAACAAGGAACUGCAGCUGCAGGUCGACGCCCACAACAUCCCCUUACCCAACAUCGAGGGUCUGAUCUUCCUCAACAUUCCCAGCUGGGGUUCAGGUGCUGAUCUUUGGGGGUCAGAGGUCGACAGUCGUUACGCGAAGCCGAACAUCGACGACGGACUGCUGGAGGUCGUCGGGGUCACUGGUGUCGUCCACAUGGGUAAGGUGCAGAGCGGUCUGUGCUCUGGGAUCCGCCUCGCUCAGGGUAACUACGUCCGUCUCAUGGUCAGUAAGUCCAUCCCUGUGCAGGUGGACGGUGAAGCGUGGAUCCAGCCGCCCGGACACAUCAUCAUCUCUGCUGCUGGACCUAAGGUGCGGAUGUUGAGGAAAUCCAAGCAGAAGCAGAAGAAAUCGUCCUCGGGUUAUAAAGAUGGACGCUCGGAGAGUCCGUCCUCCAGAGACGGCGGACAGUGAGCAGCGCCCCCUGCUGUCCUGCUGUUGACCUGCUUUAUCUUCUUCUUCUCUUUUAUUUUAUUAACGCUGAGGAAAACUUCAGCUGACGCACUGAUUCUGUUUUUAUUUGUUUGGCAACAACAACAACAACAACAACAACGCAAGUAAACAACGCAAAACUUUAAUAAAUACAUGAGCAUAAUUCUGAUGAUUUUACUGUAAAAGUCCAACGAUCGUUUACGACAAAAGACUCACUUUUAUUAUUUUAAUAACGAAAAUUAUAAUUAAAGCAAGAAUGGUUGAAAAUUCCGAUGGUUGCCAUGGCCACGCCCCUUUUGAAUCUGUGAUUAUCUUCCACCGAGUUUCCUGAAAUUUGGUGCAACUGUGUUUCGGCUUUGUCGUACCGGGUUUAACCUUUGGGGGGCACUACUGAGCCAUUUUGCACCACUUUCACGUGGCAUUAUUUUAUAAAAUUUCUCGGCCAUUCUGAUUAGCUUGUCAAGUUUAAACAUAAAUGUGAUCUUUUUGGAAGAAAA